AUAUAUAUAUAUAUUUUUUGUUUUGAUAACAUAUUAAUUCGUGAGGUGUACCCAUUUUAUUUCUCUAUUCUUUCUCACAUCUUCUCAUUCUACUUCUCGCACUCUACUUCUCGAAGUAACUUUACCGAUCUUUCUACAAUCGUCUCGUAUAAAAAGUUGGAGUCAUCGACCAAAUAAAUUUUCGAUGGCUCUUCGCCGAGGGUCAAGACGUUUUCACCCUCAAAGAAGGCGGCACCCCCCGAGUGGAUAAGAGUACGAGUCAAGGGCCAAGCUGGAAUUUUGUGUUGAUCCUAUGGUGAUUCGCGAGGUGCAAAGCUCGUCGAGGUGUUAUGUAGAAGAAAAAAAUAAAUAAGGAGGGAGAGAGAGAGAGAGAGAGGAGAGAGAGAGAGAGAGAGAGAUAGAGAGAGAGGAAACGUUCUUUCAGAGUGCUUGCACAGAGGAAAAGAAAAGAAAAGAAAGAGAGAGGGAGAGAAAGAGAGAGAGAGAGAAAGAGAGAGAAAGAGAAAAAGAAGAAGAAGAGAGAGAGAGAGAGAGAGGGGGGAAGAGAAGGAGAAAGUGGAUCGGAUAUUUGUGGAAAUUUGUGGAAAUUUGUUGGUGAGUGUGUGAAAGGUAGAAGGAAGUGAGAGCUUUUUGUGAGGAUAAGGGAGUGUACGAGAUAGCAGAGGAAAAAAGAAGAAGAAGAAGAAGAAGAAGUAGCGGGAAACGCGUGGAUAGAUGCGUGGAAUUUGAAAGCAGCAACCCAAAGGCCAGCCCGACGCAAUGCGUCGACGCUGCUGACGCAACGCGCCUGGAUGCGUCUCACUUUGAGCACAUAGAGAGAGAGAGAGAGAGAAAGGGAGAAAGGGAAAGAGUGAGAGUGAAAGUUCGAACCGGUCGAGUGUAAAACACCCUCUUGGGAACGAAGGAUCAUCAGAGUUAUCAUCUUUAUUCUCUCGUGAUCUAAAUCGAUCGAGUUAGAAUGAUUCCCAGAGGAUCGAACGAUCGGACGAUCUCAAAAUCGUCACCCCCACGGUACUCGGACACUUGAUGACACUUUUUUUGCCUUGCUCUUUCGAAGGGAGAAAAAAAAAGAAAAAAGAGAGAGAGAGAGAGAGAGAGAGAGAGAGAGAGAGAGAUGCUCGUGUCGAGUCAUCUCCAUAUAUUUAUCGCAUGUUACUCGCCGGUGAUCGUCUUCGUGGCGAGCACGAUCAGCUCGUGUUGGUGUUAGUGUUGCUCGUUGGUGCUGUUGGUGGUGCCGGUGGUGGGUCGCGAGUGCGCACGCGACUCCGCAACUUGGUGAAUGAUCCUGGGAGUCCCGGUUAAACGAAGCUUCGAGGUACACGAUCACUGGGAUGACGUCCGCUUCGGAUCACGCGCUCCCUUCACGAUCGACCUCGUCUAACGCGCUACCAAAUGUUACCACAGCUUGCCGUUUUAGCGAAGAUUUUGUGCCUCCUGAUGGUGGUGAUGUGCGGGGCGGUACCGGCGAUGGUGCGCUCCGUGAGUCUCUACUCGACUUGCAGCAGCGGCAAUGUUACCGUAAUGGGCCGCUCGAUCAAGGCCGUGGGACGCAGCGAUGACAAUGCACCCUACCAGAAGCUCACGACACAGUCCGAGGACUUCAGUAGGAAGCUGUACAUCUUCGCGGAGAAAAGCCAGCGAUACAUUUGCUUCAACAAGCGAUGGAAACUCGUCGGCCUGCCGAAGAAACAGAAGGGUCCGAUGUGCCAGUUCUACGAGGUCUACAACGGUUCGUACCUGAGGUACAAGAGCGUGGCCGAUGGUACGCGAUACCUCGGUUUCAACAAGCUCGGUAAACCGAUGAAGAAUCCCCAUGGUAGGCAGGAAUGUUUCAACUUCAUCAAAUACAAUCCUCACGCCGACAUAAACCAUCAUAACAACUUGGUGAACGCGGAUAUGGGUGGUAUGGAGCCGAGAGAACCUUACGUGGUAUCGAGAAAGCCUUCACCGAUGAGGGCGACGAAGAACUCGCUGAUACAAGCCGACAGUAAUGGUGCGAGGCAGCAACAGCACCAUCAUCAUCAGCAACAACAACAACAACAACAACAACAACAACAACAACAGCAGCAGCAACAGCAACAGCAACAUCCAGCGGGGCACACGACGACGCAUCGUCAUCGGCACUCGAAUCGUUGGAAGAUGCGACAGGACGAAGAGGAACACUCGGCGAUGCCACGAAGACGGCACGAGAGUCGUCUACUCGUCGAGGCCAGCAAGUAUUGAGCCGGAAAAGCGUUGGCUCGCCGAUCAAGACUGCCUCCUUAAUUCGCACAUGCAAACACACACACACACACACACACACAUACAUACGAACGAACGAAACCGCGUACACAAUAUAAUAUACAUAAAAGCCAGCCUUAUACAUAAAAUAUCACAGACAUUACACGAAGAUAUAAGGAACACACUCACACACACAGACACACAUAUACACAUAUACAUGACGAUUAUACACAGAAAAAAAAACACAUACACAUAUACACACGCACACACACACACCGUACUUCCGUGAAUUACCUGAGAUUAAUCUACCGAACGAACAGCUCACGUACGUCGCUUUGGCGCCCCUUUUUGUUUCCCUUCAAAUGAUCAUGUUCGGUAUGAUUCUUCAGGAAAAAUCGGCGAAACACGGAAACACCGCGACUUCGAGAAUAUAUAUAUAUAUAUAUAUAUAUAUAUAUAUAUAUAUAUAUAUGAUUAAGCUUAUAAGAGCCGCGACUUGGGUCGCGCGAAGCCGCGUCUCGAUUUACGUAGGUGAGAAUGAAAAUAUGAUAAAGGCAAAGAUAUGAGGAGAAUUGAAAAUAUGAAAUGGGAAAAAAGAAAAAAAGAAAAAAGAAAAAAGAAAAAAAAAAAAAUUACGUAGGACGACUUCAACGACUCCGAUCUCCAAUAAUAAUUAUUCGCGCGACUCCGAAACUCCUCUCUUGCCCCCCGACUGAACCCAUUUAGGGCAAGUAGGAGUAAAUCAGAGACGAAGCAUGCGAGAAAGAGUCGAUGAACUCUCGUCGCGCUUUAAAUCAUCGCGGCAGUCUCUCGCGCGCGCGCACGCGCCUCGUUUCUUCGCGCGGAGAGUUUGGCACGCGCUAGCCGAAAAAAAAAGAAAAAAAAAAAGGAAAGGAAAAGAAAAGAAAAGAAAAUGAAAAAUCGCUAUGGCGAUCGUAGGUAAGCGCACGUGCGUUCGUUUCCCACCGAGCGGUCUCUCUCUCUCUCUCUCUCCCUACCUCCCUUCCUCCCUCCCUCCCUCCCACUACCUCUCCCUUUUUGAACGAAGCGACAAACGGAUUCAACGGUUCUAAAAACUCUUCUCCUCCAUUAAACACAGGGAUUCUCAAAUUAGUUUUUUAUUCUAAAAAAAAAAAAAAGAAAAAAAAAAAAAAAAGAAAAAAAAAUGACAAGAUUUUUGUGAAAAUGGACAUCGAGGGAGGCACGAUAUAAUUCUUUGCUCUUAACUAUAUAAGUGGAGGAGAAAAGGAAAAAAAAAAUGUAAUAGAGAUUCGCGGUGUUCCUUAAGAGGGGCGUCGCGCGCGAGCUCGUUGCUGCGCGCACACUAAGAGAACAAUAAAGAAAGAAAGAAAGAAAGAAAGAAAGAAGAAAAGAAAAGAAAAAAAAAGAAACAAAAAAAAAAAAAGAAAAAGCCUCAUGCCGCCGCGCAAGAAGACUCUCUCGCUCGCUGUGUGCUAAUUUUACGGCCCGCCUAACGUAAUGUAACGUAACGUAACGUAACGUAACGUAACGUAACGUAACGUAACGUGCGUGCGUGCUCUGCCUGCCUGCCUGCAUGCGUGUACGUAUGAUGUGUGAGAAUGUGCCUGAAUGCUUAUAUGUGUGUAUGUGUGUGUGUGUGUGUGAGUGUGUGUAUGUGUGUGUGAGUAGUAGCGUACGCGUGUAGAUACGCACGAUCGAUCGCUCGCCCACGAGCUCGAAGCUUCAAUGUCAACCCAAAACGAGCAAUAAUAAUUAACAAUAAUAACAAAAAAAAAUAUAUAUAUAUAUAUGUGUAUGGGCAAACGAGAAAAAGAAAAUGGAAAAAAGUUAAAAAAAGAAAAAAGAAGAGAGAAAAGUAUAAUAUUCGCAACAGGAAUGUGGCGCGAGCGUGAACGAGCGUAUCCCUAUCUCUUUUUCUGUGUUGUUGUUGUUGUUGUUGUUGCGUGUGUUAAAUGCGUGCGUGCGUGCGUACGUGUUGUAUUUGCCUCUUAAACGCGUGUGAGUGCGUGUAAUAUAUUUACUAUAUCGUUAUUGAAAACUUAAUCCUUAGGACGCUGUCGCAUAAAAGAAAAAAAAAAAAAACUGUAUUAUUAGGUUAGAAAAACGCGAACACUUAUGUACGCGAUGGCAACGCGAAAAGCCGACCGGGGCUGACUGUUCCUGCUGCUGUUGUUUCCUUCUUCUUCGUCCUUUACAUUUGACAAUUUCUCUUAUUCGACUUCCUCCUACUUUAUUCUCUCUAUCUCUCUUCCUCUCUCCUUUCGAAUUUUUAAUUCAAUGUUGUGAGCAGCGACACGGUGCAGCUUCUCGCGUCAACGCCACGCGAAAGGAGCGCCUGCUCUUUUUUUUUCCCAAAAAGGAAACGCUCCCUAGGUAGCUUAUUUAUUGAAAUCACGUUUUAGGUUACUACGAAGGCCGAAUCGCCCGAUCCUUUCUUCCUUCCUUCCUUCCUUCCUUCCUUCCUUCCAUCCAUCCAUCCUUCUUUCUUUCUUUCUUUCUUUCUUUCUUUUCUUCCUUUCUUCUUCCCUCCUUCCUUUAUUUUUUUAUUUUCCUUUUUAAUCUUUUCUUUCUACCCUUCCACAUACCACACACUUCUAUCUCACGAUCGACCUCGUAUAACGCGUGUGUGAAAAUACGCGUCGCUCUCUUUACCAUUCUGACAUCUGUUUUUUUUUCUUUUUUUUUUUUUUUCUUUUUCUUUUUUGUUUGUUUGUAAUUUUAUCCCCUCGUCCCUUUCCUUUUACUUCUCUAUAUCGUUAUAAUUUCAUUUAUCUCUUUCCAAUCCCAUUUCUCUCCUCAUCGUUCAUCAUUUACAUCACAUACAAAAUCUUACCCAAUCUUCGAUCGCGAAGAGAUCGACGUAGGUCCUCUUUCUUUUUUUCUUUUUUUUCUUUUUUUUUUUUUCUUUUUUUUUUUUUUGUAUAAAAGAAAAUGAAGAAGAAAAAAAAAACAGGACGAAAGAAUGAUCUGAAAUCGCGGACGUUUACGCGCACGAUUCGAUACGACCGCAUUCUUUUUCUUUCUUGUCGUUAUUAAUUCACUUUUUUUUCUUUUUUUUUUUUUUUCCCCCGAAAAAAGAACAUCGUUCAUUCAAACAUACAUAUUUACAUAUAUACAUAAAUAAAUACACGAAUACAUUCAUACAUGUGUAUGACGUGCGUCGUAUUACGCGUGAAAAAAAAAAAAAAAAGAGAAAACGAAUUCCAGGCCAACGA